AUGGAGGCCGUGGUGGCGAGCGCCGUCACAGGAGCGAUGCGUACACUCCUGCCCAAGCUCGGCGUCCUGCUGGAGAAGUACAAGCUGUCCAAAGCCAUGAAGAAGGAGAUCGCCUCCUUGAGUGACGAGAUGAGCAGCAUGAACGCUCUGCUCGUGAAGCUGGCCAAGACCGAUGAUGGCGAGCUCGACGUGCAAGACAAGGUGUGGCGCGACCAGGUGCGCGAGCUGUCCUAUGAAAUGGAGGACUGCGUCGACGCCUUUACGGAUGAUCUUGAUGGUGGCGGCGGCAGGGUCGGGUUCUGGAGACGGCUUUCGACCAUCAAGACGCGGCACAACAUUGGCCGCCUGAUCGAAGAAUUGAAAUAUCGGGUGGUGGAAGUGAGUAAUCGCCACAACAGAUAUAAGCUUGAUGAGCCAGCUUGUACUACUUCUCGGAGCCCUGUGACCAUUGACCCUUGUCUAGAUGCACUGCAUACUGAGGCUGCCAGCCUUAUAGGCAUAGAUGGCCCUAAGGAGAAGCUCAUGGACCUAUUGCUGAGACAGGAUGAAUAUGCCAAUAAUCACCGGGCACUCAAAGUUGUAGCCAUCACUGGAUUUGGAGGUAUUGGCAAGACAACUCUUGCCAGCCAAGUCCGAGAUAUGAUCAAAGGUCAUUUCCACUGCACGGCCUUCGUAUCGGUGUCGCAGAAUCCAAGCAUGGUCAAUAUCUUGUCGACCAUACUCUCAGAAGUUGGGAGCCCCGAGCCUUCAUGGCAGAAUCACGAGCGUUUCCUCAUCAACAAACUGAGGGCACACCUCAUGGACAAAAGAUACCUUAUCGUCAUUGAUGAUAUAUGGAGAAUAGAAGCAUGGAAUAUUAUCAAAUGUGCCUUUGUGGAGAAUAACCUUGGUAGUAGAGUUAUAACAACUACACGUAUUGAAGAUGUGGCUCGGGCAUGUUGUUCUUGUUUCCUUGGCCAUGUGUACAAGGUCAAGCCUCUUAAUGAUCUUCACUCAAGGAGAUUAUUUUAUAGAAGGAUUUUCCCCUCUCAAGGUGCUUGUCCUGAGAAACUAAAGGAUGUCUCUGAUGAAAUUCUGAACAAAUGUGAAGGAGUUCCAUUAGUCAUAGUCAGUGUAGCUAGCAUUUUGGCUAGUCAUAAAGAGGGAUACUCAAAGAUAUUCUGGGAGAAGAUACAAAAUUAUUUAGGUUUGCAGUUGGAAGGUAACCGUGCUCUACAAUGGCUGAGAUAUGUGCUUAAUCUAGGGUACAUUGAUUUAUCUCUGGACCUUAGGACAUGUAUGCUAUAUCUUGGUAUAUUCCCAGAAGAUUCUGAAAUAAUGAAGGAUGAUUUGAAGAAGAGAUGGAUAGCCGAGGGUUUCGUUACUGAAAGGCAUGGUUAUGGCCCGGAGUCGAUUGCAGAAGAUUUCUUUAAUGAGCUGAUUAAUAAAAACAUGAUACAAAUUGCAGAGUUUGAUGAUUGUGGGCACGUGUUAUCUUGUCGGGUGCAUGAUGUAAUGCUUGAGUUUAUCGUAUGGAAGUCCACGGAAGAAAAUUUCAUCAAUAUAAUCAAGGGACCCCCUACAGUUGAUGAUCCGCAAUGCAUGAAAGGAUGUUUGCAGGUUCGCAGGUUAUCCCUACAAGUCAGAAAUUCGCAGCACAAUGAGUUGCUGGGAAGCAUGGCUCUGACACAGGCCAGAUCAUUCAACUUUUGGGGGUCUGCUCAAUGGAUGCCUUCACUGUCGAGAUUUCAUGUCCUGCGAGUUCUACAUCUCGAUCUUGGUGUUUAUGACUCCAGAAAUGAGGAGGAACUGUCCUCCAUAGGCAGCUUUACCCAACUGAGGUAUUUGAGGAUCAGAGGCGCUGUGUUUAAGAAACUCCAGAGACAGUUGCAAAGAUUACAACAUCUGAAGACGUUGGAGAUAGUUGGCGAAGACAUAAAUGAGUUUUUACACCUAGAGCUCAAUGUCACAAAGUUACCACCGACGUUGUGGCACCUGAUUGUUCCAUAUACUGUGAAGCUGCCUGGUGAGAUCAGCAGGAUGCGUGCCCUCCGCACUCUGGGUGAACUCAGCAUAGAUCUCCAAGAUGUGGAGAACAUCAAAGGGCUCGGUGAACUGGGAGAUCUGAGGGACCUGAGGAUAAUUCUAGAUAAAGGUGUCCGGGAAGGCGAUUGUGCGGAUCUUGCUGGUUCCCUGAGCAGGCUCAAAUGCCUUGAGUCCCUAACCGUCCGUAUGGCUGGAUCCGUCAAAAUUGUUGAUGUCCUGACUAGCUGGUCGCCUCUUCCACGACAUCUUCGAAGACUACAUGUGCUAGGCCUCCCCUUCUCCACUAUGCACGAAGACUGGAUCAACCAACUCGACAAUCUCAGAAGCUUGAAGAUCCACGUUGUUUCGCUGCCAAGGGAUGGUGCGGACGUUCUUGCCAGGUUGAGCUUGCUGGUGCACCUUACACUGCAUGUCGAGAAGAAUGUCCCCGAGGGAGGCCUCGUCCUGCACGCCACUUCUUUCCCAAACCUCAGGGAUUUUGUGUUCAGGUGUGAAGGGAUUUGCCUCGUGUUCGAGGCGGGUGCCAUGCACAAGCUUCAGAGCCUCACCGUGGAGUGCUACGCAGAAGCAGAGCGGCAAGGCGGUGAUUUACUUGAGGGCAUCGAGUAUCUGGAAAGCAUAUUGUCAUUCGAGUUCUCUAUCUACAAGAGGAAGGACUUCACUCUUCUUCAGUAUGAACUGCAGGGCUAUUGUUCUCCGCAGCCUAAAAACUGGGACGUGGAGAGUCUCAAAGCCGCGCUCAGGCAGGCGAUCAACAAGCAUCCGGGGACUCCUGACGUUCGCAUUCAGUCCAUGUAA